AUGACAAAUUUUGGCCCAACGCUAGAGAUCCCCAACGAUCUCGGUAUCCUCUUAGGCUCCAACAAGGCACUCUUCCCGCCCCAAGCACAGAAAUGCGUGCCGAUGGGGCUCGCUGGGCAAGCUCCUAACAGCACCGACCCACCGGCCAACUACCAACUCCAGGUACAGUUUGCCAGUGAUGCCCAGCCACUCGGAUACUCAUGUCAAGCUUCACUCAACGGAAGCGAAGAGGGGUUUAUGGACCUCACAGCAGCUGACAUGGAAGCCGUCAGCGCCUGGGCUACAGCCCCAUGCCCAAACUGGAGCUUCUAA